AUGAGCCAUUUACGCUUCGGCCGCAGCGGGUCCCUCGCUGGAAGGCCAGCGGAAGGCCCAGCGGAAGGCCAGUCCAGUAGGCCAGUGGAAGGCCCAGCGGAAGGCCCAGCGGAAGGCCCAGUGAAAAGCCCAGCGGAAGGCCCAGUGGAAAGCCAGCGGAAGGCAGCGGAAGGCCCAGUGGAAGCCCAAGGCCCAGCGGAAGCCCAGGGAAGCCCAGCGGAAGGGCCCAGUCGCCAGCGGGGCCCAGUGCCCAGCGGAAGGCCCAGUCGCCAGCAGCGGAGGCCCAGUGGAAGGCCCAGCGGAAAGGCCCCAGUGGCCCAGCGGAGGCCCAGCGGAAGGGCCCAGCGGAAGGCCCAGCGGAAGGCCCCAGCGGAAGGCCCAGCGGAAGCCCAGUGGAAGGCCCAGCGGAAGGCCCAGCGGAAGGCCCAGGCCCAGUGGAAGGCCCAGCGGAAGGCCCAAAGGCCCAGUGGAAAGCCCAGCGGAAGGCCCAGUGGAAAGCCCAAAGCCCAGCGGAAGGCCCAGUGGAAGGCCCAGCGGAAAGCGGAAGGCCCAGCGGAAGGCCCAGCGGAGGCCCAGCGGAAGGCCCAGCGGAAGGCCCAGCGGAAGCCCAGUGGAAGGCCCAGCGGAAGGCCCAAAGGCCCAGUGGAAGCGGAAGGCCCCAGCCCGGAAGGAAGCCCAGCGGAAGGCCCAGUGGAAGGCCCAGCGGAAAGCCCAGCGGAAGGCCCAGCGGAAAGCCCAGCGGAAGGCCCAGCCAGGCCCAGUGGAAGGCCCAGCGGAGGCCCAGGGGAAGGCCCAGCGGAAGGCCAGCGGAAGGCCCAGUGGAAGGCCCAGCGGGCCCAGCGGAAGGCCCCAGUGGAAGCCCAGCGGAAAGCCCAGCGGAAGGCCCAGUGGAAGGCCCAGAAAGCCCAGCGGAAGGCCCAGCGGAAGGCCCAGUGGAAGCCCAGCCCCAGCGGAAGGCCCAGCGGAAAGCCCAGCGGAAGGCCCAGCGGAAAGCCCAGCGGAAGGCCCAGCGGAAGCCCAGCGGUGGAAAGCCCAGCGGAAGGCCCAGUGGAAGGCCCAGCGGAAAGAAAGGCCCAGCGGAAGGCCCAGUGGAAGGCCCAGCGGAAAGCCCAGCGGAAGGCCCAGCUCCCAGCGGAAAGCCCAGCGGAAGCCCAGCGGAAAGCCCAGAAGGCCCAGGGAAGGCCCAGGGAAAGCCCAGCGGAAGGCCCAGCCCAGCGGAAGGCCAGCAGCCAGCGGCCCAGCGGGCCCAGCGGAAGGCCCAGCGGAAGGCCCAGCGGAAGGCCCAGCCAGGCCCAGCGAAGGCCCAGCGGAAAGCCCAGCGAAGGCCCCCAGCGGAAGGCCCAGCGGAAGGCCCAGUGGAAAGCCAGGGAAGGCCCAGCGAAAGGCCCAGCGGAAAGCGGAAGCCCAGCGGAAGGCCCGAAAGGCCCAGAAGGCCCAGCGGAAGGCCCAGGAAGGCCCAGCGGAAAGCCCAGCGGAAGGCCCAGCGGAAGGCCCAGCGGAAAGCCCAGCGGAAGGGCCCAGCGGAAGGCCCAGCGGAAGGCCCAGUGGAAAGCCCAGCGGAAGGCCCAGCGGAAGGCCCAGCGGAAGGCCCAGUGGAAGGCCCAGCGGAAGGCCCAGCGGAGGCCCAGCGGAAGGCCCAGCGGAAGGCCCAGCGAAGCCCAGCGGAAGGCCCAGCGGAAGGCCCAGCGGAGGCCCAGCCCAGCGGAAAGGCCCAGCGGAAGGCCCAGCGGAAGGCCUGGCAGAAAAGCCCGACCGCCGGCCGCGAGCGCACCUCAAGCCCAGUGCCUAGAGACUAGCUACUACCGAAGCGAAAUCCCGAAGAUGGCACCAACUCAAUAUGCACGAUUCGCAACAAGCAACAAGGGCCCACAGAUCAUCUCCCCGGCUGCUCAGAAUGAACCAAAACAGAACAUACAAAGACAAAACAAAACAGCAUUUUAUAUCCAUUGGAAAAUCUAUAAGCACCAUAACAUUGAAGUGACUGAUAAGUACUAUGGACGAACGACAGAAACGAAAGACAAUGGAGCCACUUGA